AUGAAUCGGUCAGGCUUUACAACCAAAGACUCGAAACCAAGCUCUAGUCUAAACGACUUUAUGCCGUCAUCUUUUCACCUGAAUACCCUCACAAGCACAGUGUCAAGUACUGCCUCUAUUCUAUUUAACCCUUUAGCAACCCGAGCUGUCGUAAAAGGUGACACUGUCGCGAUUAUUUCUGAACUCGCACCUCAAAUCUUGGACAAAAGGCGACUACAGACUCAUGUAAACGGAAAUUCUCGUAAUUCAAACGAAGGCUCUAAUCAGUUUUCUUCGACAACAACAACAGAUCGAAUCAUGAGAAAAACUAGAACAAUAAAUAUGGGCAAAAUAUUAUCGGAGUCUGAGCUUCCCGAGUCAACAGCGCCAUUAUCGUUAUUUCAAGGGUUUAAAGUCACUUAUCCAGAAUAUUCCACUAGUUCGAUAAAAGAAGGCAGUACCAAAAAGAAAUCAAAACAUCUUCAAAAACGAAAAACACGAGGACAUUUCAGCGAAGAUGGUUGUGCUUCAGUCGACGGGUUUUCAGAUACAGCCUCCAUCGAUAAUGAAUUCAAACCUCUAAAUCAAUUAAUUGUUGACCGUGAUCGAGUUAUCCGUGAAAAAGAUAAGCUAAAUACUCGAGAGGCACGGGAAUCAGCAGAACUUAGUAGAAUUGAAUCACAUAUUAAUGAAUUGGAAAGGCAAAGAAGAGAACUAGAAAUUAAUCUCAUAAAAUUCCAAAAUAGAAAAGAAGACCUUGCCGAAAAAUUGGAGGACUUGAACGAAAGAAUUGUAAAUUAUGGUCAAGAAGAAAACCAUCGAAUCGCUGAGAAACGAGGCCGCGGUUCAAAACGUACAUUAACUGUAAAACAAUAUGAUCCAGGAACUUGUAUUAAGACUUUAGAAGGUCAUUGUAGCGUUAUAUCCUGUCUAGAUCUUGACAAACCUGACGGGAAAUUGGUCACUGCAUCGGUGGAUGAUACACUACGCGUAUGGGAUUUGACAACCGGCAAAUAUAUGGGAAUAUUAGAUGGACAUGAAGGAAUUGUCAAUUGCUUACAAGUAAACGGGAAUCACCUUUUUACCGGAUCAAGUGACCGAACUAUUCGACAAUGGAAUCUCGACAAGAUUUCUCAUAAAACCUCGUCGACUGCCAUUUCUCAUCUUUCUUCACCUUUAUUACGUGGUAAUGGAUUAGAACAUUAUGAUAAUCACGAAGAAAUUAGUCACGAAGAAAUUAGUCACGGAGAAAUUAGUCACGAAGAAAUUAUGCAUGAAGAAAAUAAUGAUCAUGAAAACAUCGGCGAAAAUGCUUGGAUGGCUACUUUAGAUGGGCAUAGUGGGGAAAUUACAUGUCUCUAUUGUGAAGAUCAAUAUCUGCUUUCAGGUUCUGCUGAUAGAACCAUGAAACAAUGGGAUAUAGAAACUAGCCAAUGUAUUCUGACAUUGGACAUUUUGUGGGCUAUUUCAAGCACCAAAGUAACCAGCGUACUUGGAGAAAAUUUUGUAUUGGACGAAGGGGAUUUUGUAGGUGCAUUGCAGUUCUGGAAUUACGCGUUAGCUAGUGGUACCAGAGAUGGAGCAAUUCGGAUGUGGGAUUUAAGAACUGGGCAAGUUCACAGGACUUUACUUGGUCAUGCAGGUCCUAUCACAUCUCUCCAGUUCAAUGAAAUUCAGGUUGUAAGCGGUAGUUUGGACAGAAGCAUAAUGAUUUGGGAUUUAAGAACAGGCACGGUAUUCGAUACACUCACUUAUGCUCACGCUGUCACAGACUUGCAAUUUGAUGCAAAUAAAAUAGUGUGCGCAGCUGGUGACAGUGAUGUUUUGAUCUAUAAUCGCAAUUCACUACAAUACACUCAUUACAAAGGUCACACUAAACCGGUAGAAUGUAUACGAUACAAAAAUAAUUUGCUGGUGUCGGGGGGACGUGAUUCUGUAGUGAAACUAUGGAGUCUGUAA